AUGGCUUCUUCUCACGACAUUGGUUUGUCGCAAGCAGAGUGGAGCCCGUUAGAAGAGAUGGUUUUGACUCUGAAAGAUGAGUUGCAGAAGGAAGAAGAUGGCAAUUCUGGUGAUGGAUGUAGCAUGGAUAUGGCACCAGAGCAAUGCCCACCGAAAGGUCAGAACACCUCUUCUGGGUCAAGACGCCGCGGCCAGGAGAGGAGGAAGGCUAAGCCAUGGACGGAGGAGGAACAUCGGUUAUUUUUACAAGGACUUGCAACUUAUGGGAAGGGGGAUUGGAAGAGCAUAUCUCGACAUUCAGUGGUGACGAGGACGCCAUUGCAAGUGGCCAGUCAUGCACAAAAGUUCUUCAUCCGUCAAAAACAAAACAUGGAGCGCAAGAGAAAGAGCAUCCACGAUAUUACCAAUCCUUAG